UAUUAUAUAGGCAAAUUAACUUUUUCUUUUAAAUAUAAUUUGUAUACAAACAAAAUGAUGCAAUCAAAAAUUUUUUAAUGCUUUCGAUAUUUCUGCAAAAUGACGAGAUGUGCAUUAGAUUUGGUACUUGUAUAUCGAUUCGUGAUUUAACUUUAACUUUUUCCCCCAGUUAAACAGAUACGGAUGAAUGGGAGCAUUGUAAUAUGAUGUUGUUAUUGGCCACAACUGGAAAGUUAGAAACUAAUUUAGCUCCUUGCUAUGAAUCAUACGAUUGUUUUUAUUAUUAAUAAGCUUUUAUGUCGCAUUUGUCGAUUCUAACUUUCUAUUUCAUCCCUGCAGUAACAUAGUGUUUCUAUUACUAAUAGCUAGUGUCGGAGUUACCGAUGUUCUUUCUUCCUUGUGAUUUCAGAUUUUUAAAACUUAGUGCAGAUAUCUUUAACAAAAUGAAAUCGACAUCAUCUGUAUAAAAUGAAAUAUUUUGUGUUUCCUGACUUCCAAAGAAGAUAUGUGCCACAUUUUCCUUAAAGAUGGCCUUUGUGAACUCUAUAUUGAGUAGCCCCGGGACUUCAAUGAGAAAUAUAGACAAAAUAUUUGAAGAUGCUCAACUAAAAGGAAUACUUCAACUGAAUUCCCGGAAACUCAAAGAGUUUCCAAAGGUCUCUUGUAAAUAUGAUUUAUCUGAUCUUGUCAAAGCUGAUCUCUCAAAGAAUAGAUUAAGUGAACUUCCAACAGAAAUAUGUGGAUGUGUAUUGCUCGAAGAUUUGGAUUGCUACAACAAUGUCAUACGCUCAGUGCCUGAUGCUGUUAUACAGUUGCAGUCAUUAGCAUACAUUGAUCUCAGUCGCAACCAACUUACUGUUAUACCAGUAGCUUUCUGCCAUCUUCCAUUACAAGUGUUAAACUUGAGGAAUAAUAGACUAGUUUCAAUUCCAGAGGAAAUUUCAGCCAUGAAAUGCCUCCGAGAUCUGGAUGUUAGUUGCAAUGAAAUCACAAUAGUUCCACCACAACUGGGUUGUGUGACAUCACUGCAACGCCUCAAUUUAAAGAGGAAUUUGCUUUUAGAAAUUCCCAUUGAGUUAUGUCAUUUACGGCUGGUUCAUCUUGAUGUGUCAGCCAAUCGUAUCUCUGCUAUUCCUACUCAGUUGCGUUUCAUGACUUCCUUGCAAGAUCUCAUCCUUGACCAUAAUCCUAUGACAUUCCCUCCAGCUGUUCUCUGUAAAAGGGGACGCAUACAUGUCUUCAAAUUCCUAGAAAUUCAGGCCAUCAAAGAAGAUAAACGAGGCAUUGUUUUGGAAACUGAAUUCCAUAAAUUUAGAAGUCCAUCUAUCCUGUCAGAUAGCAGGUUAACAAAUGGUUUUGGCCCUAGUAGUUGUUGUCGUAAGAGCUACACAUUUGACUCUGGCUAUAGUACAUCAGAUGGUGAUUGCCGAUCUCAAGAGUCUCAAGAUCUGAGUGGUGGUUUCAAGAAACCAUCAGUUGAAUCUCCUCGCUGGGAAACUACUGGUAAUCUUUCCAUUAGAAAUCAAAAUACUAAUACUUUAUUUAACUACAUUCCCAGUAAUGGAGAGGAGGAAACUCCUGAAGUGCUUUCUGUACAGACUUUCAAAGAAUAUAAGGAGGCUCUUAAAAAGAAAAGGGAAGCACUAAACAUCUACAAGAAGACCGAAGAAAAUGGAGUGGAACUUUCUCCAAAAUUACAAGUUUCAAAAACCAAAUCAACUGUUGCUUCGAAACAACCACUUCGCAGAAAUGAAGUUCCAUCUGUGGAAGAAUCACCCAGAGGAAACAGUAGUCCCCUAGUCAAUACUUCUAUAGAUAACUUGCCAAAGAAUAUACAUGUACCAAACAGUGAAAUUGAUAAGGUGUGCUUUGCUGAGAAGAAGGUUCUUAAAUUGGAAGAGAUUGGAUCCUCUUCUGUAAAUAAGGAUUCAAAUCAGAGCAAUUUUGCUUGGCCAAAGAAUUCUCUUUCAGUUGUGAAACCUUCCAAAUCUAGCUUCACCAUGCGUAGGGAGUUAGACAAAGCACGAGAAGAACAGGAAUUGAUAUCUCAACUCAGAGAGAUCUUAGAGAGCCGACUGAAGUUGAAGCUUCCUGCUGAUCUAGAAUCUGCUUUGAAUGACGGCGUUUUCCUCUGUCAUCUGGCCAACAACAUUAGAGCUAAUUCUGUGACCUGCAUACAUGUGCCUUCUCCUACUGUGCCUAAGUUGACGGUUGCCAAGUGCAGACGGAAUGCUGAUAACUUUCUGGAGGCUUGUAGGCGUCUGGGAGUGCCAAAUGAUCUUCUGUGCUCACCACAGGAUAUUCUAGGGGAACAAGGAGGUCUGGUGCGAAUUGCUAUAACAGUUCAAGAACUCACCACACAAAGCAACAAAACUUAGCCAGACACUUUUAUACUAGUCUAUUUAUUCAAUUGACCUGCACAUAUAUUUUGUUUUGUAGCAAAAGUAUCUACAGGAUCUGCACAAAUAGAUCUAUUGUGACCUCAGUGAACAUCUCAAGCAAAUUUUGCAGUGACAGAGAUGUUCUUUACAUCCUGUGACUUUUGUGACCAGUAUCAUCUAGUUUUACAGAGAUGCUUUUUGUGUAUGACAAUUCUUGAGUGACUAUUUUCUAUGUGUUGAAUUUUCAUAAAGCAUGCAUUUGAAUUUUAAAAUUGCACACACACACACACACAAACAAGCAAAAAUCAUUAAAGUAAUCUAGUCAUCUGGUAAUUAGCUUCUGCUCAAAUGUACAAAAUGUAAACCCAAAAUAUUAUUUCAUAUGAUUAUGCUGUAAAUAUCAUCAGUAAGGUUGUUUAUAAAUUAUACCAUGCUUGACAGAGUGAUUGCUUUUGGGAUAAUUCACAGGAUUUCUACUUGAUUGAAUUCAUUAUUAAUUUUACAGAUAAAUUGCAUAAGCAUUUUUUUUGCACGUUUUAUUUUUUUUUAAAAAAAGGAUGUGCUUUAAUUCUGCAUUUUAUAUUUUAACUUUGCAUACCAUUUUUCUGAAAAUUAAAAAAACAGUUUUUUUUUUAAUAUCAAAAAAAAAAAAAAGUAAAUUCUAUAAAUAGGAUCUAUUUACAUAUUAAAAAAAGUAUUGCAAAUAGAAUGUAGUUUCCUAGUCAGACUAGCAAAAGUAAUCUUAUGAUCAGAUCAGCUGAUUGAAGAAAUGUUUUCAUUCUAAUCAACCUGUGAAAAUUAUUUAUUCUUUCAGAUGUGAGAUUAGAAAUCCUGUAAUAAAUCCUGUAAAUUCAUUUUCUAAUUGAUCUCUAUUAAAAAAUCAUGAUUCAUCAUUUCAUUUUGAUACAUAAAUUUUUAUAUCUUAUUUAUGCUUUAUGAGCCUUUUUGUAUAUAAGCUUGUUUUGUUAAUGUUUUGUCAGUUUGGUAUUGCAAUAUGUUGUAUUUAAAAGAGGAUCAUCAUAUUAUCAUGUCAUUUAAUUCAUUAUAUUCCAGGUAAGAAAACACAACAAAUAUCACACAAUUUUAAUGGAGCUUUGUAUUAAAUCCUGUUCAGAAUUUCCUGGACUUUUAUUCAGUGUGGAAGGGAUACAUGACUUUAUAUAUAAGUAUAUUUGAUUAAAAUUUUAUGAGAAUUUUUUUUAAUAUAAUGAUUUUGUAUUUUAUUAUUUAACCAUAACAUAUUUUUAAUAUUAUUUUACUAAUUUUUUAUUUCUUAGAAAUACUGAGUUUUUUGAAAAAUCUGCUUUAUGCUUUCCUGUUUCUCCUCCCCCUUCUAAAAAUUUGGUCUUGUAUACAAGAUAUAUGAUAAUAAAAGCGAUAGUGCCUAUACUAUUAUUUAUUUAUUUUGUAUUUAGCCAUAAAUACUAUCAGAAUCUUUUAACACGUUAUGAUUAGGAAUACUUUUGUAUAGUGUUGCAUUUUAUUAAUGUUAUCAGAUAAAAUUAAUCAUUUCUAGAUUUAUUUUGGUAUUCACUUGUUUCAUAUAAACAAGUUAUAUUACCUCUUUAUAAAGCAUUCUAUCAGAUUUCUAAUUCAUGAUUAAAUACUAAAUACCUUUAUGAUUUUUGAAUUGGGGGAGGAUAUGCUAGAAUAAAGUUAGUACUCUAAGUAGAAAUUUUUAUUUUUCCAGCGUUGUUUUCUAAUCAUAUUUGUUUAAGUAUAUUCUAAUAUCUAAGGUAUAAUUCCUUUACUCCAUUAAUAAGUUUAAAGUGGAUGAGGCUAUAUAUUUAUUUCCACCAUUAACACAUUCAUUGUUGUGUUGGAUUUACAAUAAUUCCCAGUAGUCAUAUUAAAUUUUUAUAAUAAUUUUUUUUUAAAAUCAUGAUGCAUUAAUAGCAUUAUUAGCUAUAACCAUUAUUAAUAUAAAGGGCUUACUAAAAGUUUAUUUAUAUUAUUGACUCGAUAUAAUUGUAUAAAGUAAUCUGUAAUUUUCUCAUGAAUAAGUUUUUGUAAUUGAAUGUACAUAAAUAUAAUUUUAAAAUAGAUUGAGAAAUAUUUAUUAAAAAUCAAGAAAAUAGCUAAAAAAGUUGAUUUUUAAGAAAUUAGUAUAUUUCAUUGUAAGAUUUAAACAAUUCUAAAGAAUUUAUUUUGCAUCUUUCUCAUGCCUAGAAGUUGAUAAAAGCAUUCUUUGUCCACAUCUUAGUAUGCAUUUGGGUUAGUACCCUUAACUUAAGGAGCUGUACAUUUCUUUAUAUACCAAUUUUCAUCACCAUCAAUGAAUGUGUUAAUAACAACUCAUCUAACCAUUUGCACUUCUUGAUAAGAGAACUUUUUGUUGAUUAGGUUUCUCAAGGUUAAUUGUGUUAAACUUUGACAUUCAUUAAAUGCAUUGAUCAAUUUAUUUUUUAUUUAAUGAAUAAAAAAUAUUACUUAUAAUUUUACAUCUAAAAAAAUGAUAAUUUAACAAAGCAAUAAUUAAAAUAACCAUGCAUUUUGUAAUUUAAUAAUUCAUCAGCUUAAUUAAAUUAAUUUUUACUGUUGGAUGAAUGAUUAUUUGUUUGGUGAAUAAUGGUAAUAUAAGUGAAUAUCAAUCUUUCUUUUAGACAACAACAACAGCCACUAAGAUAUUUGUAAAUAGAGUAUCAGCUUUUGGCAUUUCUUAGCAGUAACUUUUGGUAGUACUGAGUUAUAUUAGAUUACUUCAUCUGUGAAAUAUAUAUUAUCAUUGCUUCAUCUGUGAAAUAUAUAUUAUCAUUGCUAUGCUGCAGUUCUUCAAAUUAGAAUGAGAGUAAAAAAUCCUUUUAUAAAAUACUCAAAACUCCAAAUCAAUAUGGUAACAGAUCAGUCACUGAACAUUAAUUUUUUAUACAUAAUUAAUUUGAAUAUUAUAUUUACUUUAUGUGAAAUAUGCUAUAAUAGAUUUUCAUUAAAUGGAUGAUGAAAAUAAUAAUGUCCUAUAUACAUUUAGUGUAUUUCACACACACACACACAUACAUAUUGCAGUGGUUGAUAAAUUAUUCUGUGUAUUUACUUAAAAGCAAAUCAAAUAAUUGUGCCUGUUAUAAUUAUUUGCCCAAAAAUUAAAUUAUCUAACAAUAUUUAUAAAAUUUUAAACGUUCAGAGUUGUGAUUGAAACCACCGAUUUGUAGUUAACAAAAGUAUUAUGUAGUGUUUUUUUUUUUUUUUUUGUUUUAAGUAUAAAUAAUUUUGUUACUUGAAUACAGUUUUCAACCUUAUUAUAAAAAAAUAUUUUUACUUUCCAGUAUUGUAUUUAAUGAAACACUAAAUUUUCAGUUAAUUCUAAUGUUCAAAAACAAUUGUUUUAUCCAGUUUAGUUAUAUCUUUUCCUUAAUGUCAUUAUUUCAUAAUAUUUCUUGU